AGUAUAAAGGAUUAAACGAUCAUUGUUAUCAUUGCAUUAUUACACGUGGCGAUAGAUUAUUUGUACAGAUAGUUUGCCACUCUCAUUUGAAUGAGCAUUUACGCAGACGAUAUUUGGACAAUACCAAACAAAAGAAGUGACUGGGUUGUCUAUAUCAAAGGCUCUUCCAAGAAUUUCAUCCGAAUUGGCAAAGUAUUGUUCACUUCGACAUGCAUUUUAUUUAUAUCGCUUUCUUCGUCUUCCAACUGGGCAAUAUUCAAACAACUGUAA